UUCUUCUCCUCCGCCGAUCUCCUGCCUCCGCUCCCUCCGAUUCUUCUCCGGUUUCAUCUCCGGUUUCAUCUCUUCGAUUCUAUUUCACCUCUCCGUUUCUUCUCCGGCUUCAUCUCCUCGAUUCUAUUUCACAUUUCCUCGGGCGAUUUUCGAUUUCUUCUCACCUCCGCCGAUCCUAACGAGCUUUGAUUUGUGCUUCUCUCCUCUCCUCCGCUCCUUCUGCUGUUAAGGCCAGUAAUAAGCCUUUGAAAGGUAAGAGGGAGCCUGAAGAUGAUGUUGAUACUAAAGUGAGUCUUAAGAAGCAGAAGGAAGACGUGAUUGCUGCUGUACAAAAGUAAAAAGCUGUGAAGAAGGUGACUAAGAAGGUUGAGAGCUCUGAUUCAUCAGAUUCUGAAUCUGAGGAAGAUGAGAAGGCUAAGAAAGUUCCAGCCAAGAAGGCUGCAACCAAGAAGCAUGCUGCGGCUGCUGCUAAAAAGGCCAAGGUCUGAGAGUUCGUCUGAAGAUGAUUCAUCCUCUGAUGAGGACUCAGAUGAUGAUUCUGAGGAUGAGAAGGCUGUUGCUACCAAGGCUGCAAGCAGUUCAGAUUCAUCUGAUGAAGAUUCUGAUGAGGAAAGUGAAGAUACUACUGAAUGUCUUCAUGGUGCAAUUGUUGUGGAGAAGAUGCGUAGAUACUCAGUUCGAUUUAUCUGAUUUCGUAGAAGGCGAAGGAAGCGGGACUUCUCAAGUAGACAACUCUUUUUCUACAGAGACAGCUACAAAUGUGAACAAUUUGAUGGCCAAUCGAGCUCAAAUACGUCAUGAACAAACACAUCGACAAUUGAAAGAAGAUUUGAUUGAACAUAUUUGGCAAAAAUGGGGCCAAGGUAAUUGACUACAAGCGACUAAAUUAUUUUUAUCAUCAUGUU